GUGUAGGUAGUCUUGGCGAGCGCCUGCCGAAAUUUUGUCUGGCUUGUCAAUGAGUGUUUCUCUGUGUGGCAUGUCCUUCAGUCCUGUAUCUGACUUAUCAUUUGGGUAUCUCUGAUUUUACUUCGGAAUUAAAGACACCAUCUGCUGCUUCUCACGCAGCUCGUGACAUCCAAGACCGCGAGGGAUUCGGCUGACUCGUGGAGGACAUCUGGACAACUUUAUGCACGAGAUGGAAUGCAGAGUGUUGUCGAUCCAGAGUCAUGUCGUGAGGGGGUAUGUGGGGAACAAAUCAGCAUCAUUUCCACUACAGGUCCUGGGCUUUGAGGUGGACUCCAUAAACUCAGUGCAGUUUUCCAAUCACACAGGUUACUCCCACUGGAAGGGACAGGUUCUGACAGCAGAUGAACUGCACGUGCUCUAUGAAGGCAUCAAACUCAACAACGUCAAUCACUAUGACUACGUCCUGACAGGCUAUACCAGAGACACAUCUUUCCUGGAGAUGGUGGUUGAUAUUGUACAGGAGCUGAAGAGGGCCAAUCCGAACCUUGUAUAUGUGUGUGAUCCAGUUCUGGGGGAUCAUGGCUCCAUGUAUGUUCCCGCAAACCUGCACCCUGUCUACAAGAACAAAGUGGUUCCUGUCGCGGACAUCAUCACCCCCAACCAGUUUGAAGCUGAGUUGCUGACAGGGAAGAACAUCAGCACAGAAAAGGAUGCAGUGGAGGUGAUGGACCUGCUGCAUCAGAUGGGUCCGGAUACGGUGGUGAUCACCAGCUCAGACCUGCCGUCCCGUCUGGGCGACCGCUUCCUCGUGUCACUGGGCAGCCAGAGAAUCGUGAUGCCCGAUGGCACGAAGAAGACUCAGCGUAUUCGUAUGGAGGUGCCAAAGGUGGACGCGGUGUUCGUGGGCACUGGCGACCUGUUUGCAGCCAUGCUGUUGGCCUGGACGCGCCACUACCCCACCGACCUGAAAAUGGCCUGUGAAAAGACUUUCUCUGUCAUGCACCACGUCAUACAGCGGACCAUCUCCUAUGCCCACAAGAUGGCGGGUCCAGGAAGAAGACCGUCUCCCGCCCAGCUGGAGCUGAGGAUGGUUCAGAGUAAAGCUGACAUUGAGGACCCGGCUAUCGUCAUAGAGGCCACAGUGCUAUAAGCACCCCCCCCCCCCCC